AAUGCUGGGGACAAAAGGGAGGAGGAAUAAUACUGCUCUGCACACUGUACGUGCUAGCAUAGUGACUUUUGAGCAAACUGGUUUUGAGGCUCUAGUUCAUGGAAUAAUUAGUAAUAGGUUGACUUUUAUCUGUGCCUCAUGUGCAACUGAUCUGCAGAAAGAAGCUGGAAGAAAGGCAGUUUGACAGUCUUCUUGUUUCAGUGUUUGAACUUUCUAACAGGUGGCAACAUGCUGGAACAAGUUCUGUCAUUUGGCCGCUCCCUGGUGCGCAGAAAAGUGGUUGACCUGAGCAACCUGGAGGAGUCCAAGCUCUGCCGCUGCCUGGGAACCGUUGACCUGAUCGCCCUGGGGGUCGGCAGCACUCUGGGCGCCGGCGUCUAUAUCCUGGCUGGUGAGGUAGCCAAGAGCAACUCGGGCCCCAGCAUUGUCAUCUCCUUCCUAAUUGCCGCCCUGGCCUCUGUCAUGGCUGGACUGUGUUACGCUGAGUUUGGCGCCCGUGUCCCCAAAACAGGCUCUGCUUACCUUUACAGUUAUGUGACUGUAGGGGAGAUAUGGGCCUUCAUCACUGGUUGGAACCUCAUUCUUUCCUACGUGAUUGGUACCUCCUCAGUUGCCAGAGCUUGGAGUGGCACAUUCGAUGAAAUGAUCGGAGGACACAUAGAGAUUUUCUGUAAGACUUACUUCAGCAUGAACUCUCCUGGUUUGGCUCAGUAUCCUGACUUCUUCGCUGUCUGCCUGAUACUGCUGCUCUCUGGACUCCUGUCAUUUGGUGUGAAAGAGUCAGCCUGGGUCAAUAAAAUCUUCACUUCCAUCAACGUGCUCGUGCUCUUGUUUGUCAUCAUCUCCGGCUUCGUCAAAGGGGACGCACACAACUGGAAGAUAACAGAAGAAUCCCUCGUAAAUGUCACCAUAGUUACGAGGAACUUGUCAGUGACGGCCAAUGUGAGCAGUGAUUAUGGAGUUGGAGGAUUUAUGCCCUAUGGCUUCAGUGGGACCUUAGCUGGAGCUGCCACCUGCUUCUAUGCUUUUGUUGGAUUCGACUGUAUUGCAACAACAGGUGAGGAGGUGAAGAACCCUCAGAGGGCCAUUCCCAUUGGCAUCGUGGUGUCACUGACUGUGUGUUUCCUGGCCUACUUUGGUGUGUCUGCUGCACUGACUCUGAUGAUGCCCUACUACCUGCUGGAUGAGAAGAGCCCUCUACCCAUGGCCUUUGAAUAUGUGGGAUGGGGCCCUGCCAAAUAUGUGGUUGCUGUGGGUUCACUGUGCGCCCUCUCUACUAGUCUGCUGGGCUCCAUUUUCCCUAUGCCCCGUGUAAUCUAUGCUAUGGCAGCGGAUCGGGUGCUUUUCAAAGCCUUAUCCCGAAUCAAUCCUAAGACGAAGACCCCACUUAUUGCCACUAUGAUGUCCGGUGUAGUAGCAGCCAUCAUGGCUUUCCUGUUUGACCUGAAAGCCCUGGUUGACAUGAUGUCCAUUGGGACUCUUCUGGCCUACUCACUGGUUGCUGUGUGCGUACUGAUCCUCAGGUAUCAGCCUAUUGGAGCUCUGGAGCGGCGUGCAGGUACAGGUGAGAGGGACUACCUGUCCUCUGAAGAGGGCGAGUCAGACCUGACAGAGUCAGAGUCUCACCUCAACAUGCUAAAAGGUGGCAGCUCAACGCUGCAGACUAUCCUACAUCCCCCUGUCUCACCCUCUGAGGGUUCCUCCUGUGUGGUCAACACAUCCGUCUGUGUACUAGUGUUGGUAGUGUGCGUGGUCAGCUAUCUCUCCACAUACCAUUUCAACUCCAUCCUUGGUAUGGAAGUGUGGAUCCUGGCUUUGCUGUCUGCAUGUCUCCUCAUCUUCAGCGGCUGCAUCUUCAUGGUCUGCAGGCAGCCUCAGACCAGCAAGAAGGUCUCCUUCAUGGUUCCCCUUCUGCCUUUUUUGCCCAUUCUGAGCAUAUUUGUCAAUAUUUAUCUGAUGGUUCAGCUGAGUGGAGACACCUGGAUCCGAUUCUCUGUGUGGAUGGCUGUGGGUUUCCUGAUCUACUUUGGCUAUGGCAUGUGGCACAGUGUGGAGCACCAGCGCCAACUUCAGCAUCCUUUAAACAGCAGCGGCACCCAGGGGAACGGCACGACCAGCAGGGAGAACCAUGUUGGCAUGGGUGCAGCAGGAGAAGACAAGGAGCAUUUCAUCUGCCCAGAAAAGACCAGCCAGUGUUAGAGUUCAUCAGUUAAUUCGGAGACUCUGAGAGGCAACAGAUGCAUAAUAGUAGCUCUGCCUUCAUGCACCUGUACAUAUUUCAUCGCAAGCACAUUCACUCUGAAAAUGCAGCGUCAGUAUUGUGUAUUGGCAGUCGCAUGACGGGGUGGCGCUCUGUUACUGUGAUGGGACCACAUCCUGUAGGUCACAUUUAUGGACAGCAUGGCGGCAGAACUGAACAGACAGGUAACACACUGGAGGGUGAGGUUCAUUUACAGUAUUGUUCAAAAUAAUAGCAGUACAAUGUGACUAACCAGAAUAAUCCAGGUU